GUCAUCGUACGCAACAUCGACAGACUGUCAUGCUGCGCCGCACCAUUGCUGUCCCCCGCUGCGUUGUGGCGCGGGCAUUCCACAGCACGCCGCCCGUUGCUGCCGAGCACAUCGUCAAGGUUCCUUCCAUGGGCGAUUCCAUCUCUGAAGGCACUGUCGUUGAGAUCAAGAAGCAGAUCGGAGAGCACAUUCAUGCCGACGAAGUCGUGAUGGUGCUCGAGACUGACAAGGUCAGUGUCGACGUGAUGAGCCCUGUUGCUGGUACCCUCGUCAAGACUCUUGCUUCGCUUGAAGAAGAUGUCCAAGUCGGCAAGGACCUCUUUGUUGUCGAUGGUGAAGUCGCUGCCACUGUUACGUCGGCGGCUCCAGCCGAAGCGCCAGCUGCUCGCACGCCGACACCGGCCCCCACCCCUCUAGCCACGACUGUUCCUCCAGCAUCGUCGUCGCAUCAUCGCGUGCCUCGUAUCCAUUUCUUGGGCAAGCGGUCGUUGCUGCAUGCUGCGAGCCAAGGCAGCAAAUCCAAUGCACCAUCGACUCCCUCGUCCACGUUGGUCAUGCCGCCUUCGUCUAGCGCGUCAGUCGUAUCUAUUUUCGACGUCCCCGCCCGCUUUGCCCGAAAAGCCAUUUCGAAGGACGAAAUCGACGCCAUCAACCGCGGCCAGGCCUUUGCGUAAUCGACCGACAUCCAAGGCAGCAUCCAUGGCCUUGUGAUCCCAGGUGAAUACUAGUAACAACACCGUUCGGCUUGAUUCUACACGUCACAUCUCUGCACCCUACCGUGUCGCAAAGCAAAUAGUGCAUUGAGAGCUAGACUGCCUUUAGUCCGAAGCUGUGCGAGGUAGUGCGAAGCAUCUCCACAGUUGUAGUGUCAAA